AUGUUUAAUAGAAGCGAUGAGUUCUUAUUACUUGAUGAUAACAACGAAAUGUUACCUAGAAGAAAUAUUUUCUUGACUGUGCUUCUGUGCCUGGUGUUCUACUACAUUAUUCUGUACGACAUAUAUGCCCUGGAGAAAUGUACACUUAUCAAGCUUAGUCAGCUUGCACUGAUGACAAUAAACAUGAUUUCGCUGUUUAUCAUCCUGCGGAUCGAUUCAGGCCAGGCCCAUUCAGAGAACGAUAACAGACCAAGCAGUAUAAAUUUCGUGAGAGACAAUGUCCUGUACACCAGAAAGAUACCCGUACAGCGGGGCACCACUUUCAGCAGCUCGUUCUACAACGACGAUUACUGCGAGAAAUGCCUCGUACUACAGAGAGAUUUCAUAACACACUGCAGAUUCUGUGAUAUGUGCCUGGUAAACAGGGACCACCACUGUGCAUGGUUCAACAAGUGUAUUGCAGAAAACAAUUUCAACAUUUUUCUCGGUUUUAUUUUGUCUAUGACGUUUUCUGCAUUCUUGAUAGUGAGCGACACCUUUAAAAUAUUUUCUGCAAAGAUUCUCAUCAAGCUAAACACUUUCAAGAUCGUAGUAGUAAUUGUUGUUAUGCUUGCAAGCAUGUCCUUAUUCGUUUUAUCGGCUAUUCUGUCCCUCCAGUACCUGUUGUCGCUCGUUCUGGGAAUCAGUACCAAGAAGCUGUUAAACGGUGAGUGGGAAUGGACAUCAAUACGAUUUUUUAGGGGCAUCAGGCGUAAAAAAAUGCUUGAGGUCGUUGAUAUUGACGAAUAA